GCCAGAAUAUCUCUACCACCGAUUGGAAAAUCUUUUGCGUCGCAAACGGAACCGCAUACAAUCACAACCGCUAAUCCACAACUGUAUACUGUUCGACCCACUUUCACAUUCUCAUUCACAUCAUCAUCGUCUUCGUCAAUGGAACAUCCGUGGCCCGGAGGGCUAAUUGCUCCAUUGAGCAGUAAUGGGAAUGAAUCAUUGGUCAGCAUGUCAAGUGUCGAUGAUUACGAGGCACCGACCGAUGUCAUACCACCUGUCGCCGUACCUUUGCCGAGCUUUUCUCCCGAAUCACUUCCAAACGUCUCAGAACCGCAACCACUUCCUAGUGCAGCCGCAGAAGAAACUGGUAAGGCUGAAAGUCGAUGGGAGUUGCGAUCACUGAAAAUAGUCCGUCAUAUCACUGCACAACCGAACCAGCCGCAGAAUCCGUACGUAUCACCAGUGUGGAAUGUGGACUUGGAAAGAGCUGGACAAGCACAUAUGGCCUAUACGAGUUCGCAUCCCAGUUUUCUGAGCAAACAUGGACAGUCGGUCGCAGUGACUAUUCCAACACCACACGUGCAAGAGAAUCAUCAGAAACCGGUUGCUCCGGGUAGCGAAGAUACCAACGGUAAAACUACUAACCGGUUGUUAAUCGCAAAAAAUGAGAAAAUUUUUAAUUUCCAGAUAAAAACAGCGCUGGAUGCUGGCCAGUGCGGCAUAUUGCACGUGGCACCGAUUGUUGAGUGCGCCUCUGAUGCGCAUGAUAACACUGAGUGCUGCAGGUAUAAGCAAAUUUCAGCGAAAAGUGCGCCGCAAUGCGAAGUGUUCUGUCGUUCUGGCCAAAUCAGGGGUCUUGGAUUGCAGCAUCUGGUGUGUCGCAAAGUCAUGAACGAACUGAUCGCCUGCCAUUUAUCCGGAUUGCGAUUGUGA